ACUUCAAGGUCGAAAAAGAUAUUAGAUAUGAUCAAUUGUAGUACAACGCCACUCGAUGAGCUUCAUUCCGAUGAAAACCAGGCUCCGAAUGAGUGUUUGCUUCAAGCUGGUCAUGUGGAUUGUACUAAAUCUCCAGUCCAUGUGAAUUUAUCUAACCAUAAUAAGGUACCAAUGACUGCACUUGAAAAUGUUUCAGCCCAAAAUUGUGCUGUAGAUGUAGUGAUGUUAUCUGAUAUCAUCAACAAACCCGAAAACCAGCGUUAUUGUGAUGUCAACACCUAUUUUGAGCUAGAUGAACUGGCACAUAAAAAAUACGUCAAUAGAAAAAGAGACUAUGUCAAUUACAAUGUGUCUCCCUUAAAUUCUGAUGAACCAGACGCAGAUUUAAGUGAUCCGACGUAUGACCUUCAAAACGAGAUGAAGAAAGUUAAGCACGUUCCUGCCUUAUUACGACGAAUAUCUUCUUCCAGCAGCUCAUCGUCAUCUAGCAGCUCCUCUUCAUCGAGCUCAAGCAACUCCUCGUCGUCAAAUUCCAGAAGUUCUGAUUCGCUAAUUGCUCACUUACAAAAUACUACGUUGCCCCAAAUUUCUACCUUGUCCGAAAAUAUUAUCUUGCCCGAAAAUUCUAAUUUGCCUGAAAAUUCGAGGUAUCUUAAUGCAGUAGAGGAUGAAACAGAGAUAAAAAAAGAGGUAGGAAACGCACUAGUGAUCCAAAUAAAUGGAAACAAAAUAUUAAAAAGUUUUUGA